AUGACAUUUUUAAAGGAUACCAGAGCCGUGCAAUUGGAGGAGAUUGAACUUGUUCCUCAUUUUGUAAUAAAAACAAAAAUCUUUACACCUUACAAGGGAUUUUUAUCCGGCACAAAACUAUUUAUCAAUGUGUGCACGAACUGUAAAAUUCCUACAAAGCCAGUGAAGGAUUCAAAAGGUAAAGUUAUCGAAGACUUUGAUCCGAAAUCUGUAUUUGUGAGUAUAUCGAAUGGAGAAUGGGAGAUCCCCAUUUUAACGACUCCGGAGACUAGGGAGACAGUUGACAAGAAGGGCAACAAGUCAAUUCUAAUAGACUGUGUUAUAAAUGAUAAAUACAUGAUGUGGUGUAUGUUGAAUGAAGAUUUGAAAGACAUAUUGGUCCAAUGGUGUAUUGAUGCUGUGGAAUUUCAAAUUGGAGGUGAAUUUAUGGUGGAUCGAGAUUCAAUAAGCCUGCCUAAAAGGACAUACAUGGGAGAACACCCUGAUAAAAUUCAGAUUGAUCUGAAACACCUAGAGGAGAGUACUCAAGAAUUGGAAAAACUGAGUAGGGACAUGUAUGAGGGAAAAGACGAUCCAAUUAAUUUUGUGAAUGCACAGCGAUUGGACGAACUUGAACAGGAUGACCGCAAUGAUUUACCACCAUUAAUUCCACAAGAAAGCAAGAAAAGUGGAUUGAUAAUUGAAGUUGAUGAGUCUGAUAGGGCAGAAAAGAAAAAAGCCAAAAUUGAACCUGCCAAAGAGACGCCAAAUAAGAGCAUUAGAUUUGAGGUUGAAGUUUCCAAAUUAGAAGCUAACAAGACAAAACUGAAUCACAAGUACGAAUUACGAAUAACCUCACAACUACAGAGUGCGAGUGAUUAUGAACUAAGCUUGAAUGUCAAGGAAAAAGAGCUCCUCAUAUACAACCCAGAGAGCAGAUCCAAGUUGAACUUUCCAUUACCAUUGGAUAUAACAUGUGAAGAUAUAACUUCAUUUUAUGUUAAACCCGAAAAAAAACUUUACGUGUACAUUAAAUAG